CUGGAUCUCCCUCUCUACGGCCACUCUCCUGUUUUGUGGUGAGUCAGCUUCUGCUUAUAAAACCGCCACGGACUCCUUCUCUCCCUCAGAACCGCAGGACUCUGCUGCAGAGAGAGAGGGAGAGCGCGCGCCAGAGAGAGCAAAAUGCUGGGCAGCCCGGUGUUCUCCUGCUUCGUGUUUUACAGCACGCUUUUAGUACUAAAGAUGUAUAUCAUCGCCAUCAUCACGGGCCAAGUGAGGCUGCGGAAAAAGGCUUUCACAAAUGUUGAAGACGCGAUGAGGCAUGGAGGAGAGCAGUUCUGCCGUGAAGAUCCUUACGUAGAGAGGUGUAGAAGGGCUCAUCUUAAUGACCUAGAGAACAUCCUCCCCUUCCUGUUCCUGGGGGCCAUCUACUCCUUGACUGAACCCUCACUGGCAAUAGCACGAGGUCACUUCCUGAUCUUCUUCCUGGGUCGAGUGGUUCACAGUGUGGCAUACCUGUUUGCCCUAAAAGCCCCGACGCGGUCGCUAGCGUACACUGUUGCUCAAGUGCCCUGUGUCUCCAUGGUCGUCCAGAUACUUAUAGCUGUGGCCUCAUUUGCUUGACAUUGUCCAGUUCUCUAUAAGCAAAACUGUUCAUUGGUAACAGCCUAGAACCAGUGACCUUAUGGGUCAUGGUGGCUUGAUGACUGAAUAUAACUGAUUAAGAUUAAUUAUGAUGCUUUCAGUAAACACUGUAUAGGUCAACAUAGGAAGGAUUCACCAAUAAGCAACAAGGAGAUCAUCAUUCAUUUUUAACUGAUGUUUAGGAUAUUUCCUUAAUUCUGUAUUAUACAGGUCCAUUGUCAUUAUCUUUUUAUACAUAUAUUUAUAUUGUAGUAUAUUCUGUAUGUAUGAUUCAAAUGAAGGUUAUUUAAUGUCUUGUCAGCUUUGAGGUUUUAGAACACUUGAAAGAACACUGAGACCUAGUUUCUUCAAGCGGGUGGACCGGAAAGCCUGCAAAACUAGUACCUCUGUUCUGUUUACAAAGCAGUGUCCACCAUUUUCAUUUCCAGCAGCGCAAUGUGUUACACAAUCAAGGUCAUUUCACGAGCCUGUUCUGCCAUGGUUGCCCACUUUUGAAAACAGUCCUCUGUCCCAGCUUUGCAAAAUGCACUCCUUUCAGAGCUAAUGUGGCGUUAAAUAAGCAGCGUUAUGCAAACGUUCUGUCUCUCUCUCUGGUUUAGAACUAAUGGCAAGCAUCUUCCCUACGAACAGAGUGACAAACAGUCUGCAUAUCGAAUGCAUAGUUUAACAAACAAGUGAGGUUAACUGUAGUGUUUAAUGCUUAACACUGCAGUAUCUUGAACAUUAGGUCACGUAGGGAUUUCUUACUUACAUUUAACAGUACUGCUACUUCCUAAAGAAAUUUUGAGCCUUUGUAGUGUUUCAGUAUUUUGAAGAGAGUAUUGUAUAUUAAGUUAUUAAGACUUUUAAUUAUUUUACCUGUCUAUGUGCCGAAUAUUCACAUUUCUGGUCAUGUUGCCAAAUGUAAACAUUAAGAUGCAUGUUUUAUAAUAAAGGUGUUGUCUAGAAGGUU